GUCCACUAGAACAGUCAUCUGAGUUAUUUAAAAGUUGAAGUGGAAAGUGUUUCAGAAGUAGAGGAAUGCGUACUACCUAUAAAAAAGUGACCAUCAAUGGAAUGAUAUCUGGCAGCAGGCCAAGAACAUAUCAGUUAAUCAUCGACGAGACAGACAGAGCAAGGUGCCGAAAUCCACCAUUGGAAAGACAUCAUCGAAUCAGAUAAGAUUAGUUUCCUACACGAAGUACCGAUCGAGAUAAGAUUUGGGUCGAUUAUCUCAAAUAUCAACUAAUAUUCAGUAGUGCGUGGGAGGACAUGGAUAGUUCGAGACUUCGUGUUGUUUUAUCAAGCGUCUUAAUUUUUGCAGCUUCCACUUCUGGUCAAUUAGAAGAACUAUGCGCAAACAACGAUCCCUCCAAAGAGUGUCUCCUUCGGGAAGCUUACUACCCCCAAGGACUCUGGAACCAUUUUGCAGGAUUUUAUUGCUACAACUACACCAAUGAUGCCAGACUGCACUACAAGUAUAAUUAUACUAGCCAACGUGUAAUGUGCAAUAAUAAAGUUGCUGGAGUACCAGCGGCAAUCAUAGACGACACCACAACCGCUGUAUACGACUACAAAAACUUGACUGCAUUGACUUACAUAAUGAGAUCUUUCAAAUCCGAGGCACUGUUCAACAAUUUCCUGACAUGCUGCCGAGAGGCAGAAAAUUGUUGCUCCGAACAUAUGGACAAUAUCAACAUCAUGACCAAUGAUACUCACUGUCCUGCAGUGUGGGAUGCUUGGUCGUGCUUCCCUCCUACUCCUGUUGACACCACGGCCAGGAUACCGUGCAGCAGUCAAGCCUACCAGUCACCUGAUCAUGUAUGUCGUUUAGAAAGCGAGAAAUUAUGCUCCCGGAACCAUCUCAACCAGCCACAGUGGAACCCGCAAACGGACUAUUCGGUGUGUGCGAUCGCACCCGUCUACAGAAGGCGGUACGAGUACCACGUGGCGUUCCUCGGGGUGUGCAUAGCCUUCUGUCUGCCGGCCAUCGCCAUCUUCUUCGUCUUCGAGAGACUGAGGAAGACCGUCCGGGUGAUACUGCAUCGGAACCUGCUGAUGGCGAUAUGUAUGCGAAACGUCUUCACCAUGAUUUCCAAAGAGUUGGUCCUGCUGGAUGCGCUGAAGUCUUCUGCGCUCAGCUCACACACCAUGGACAACAAUGGCAUCGGCUGCAGGAUCUUAGCCUUCCUGGAAACCUCCUCCAUCAACUGCAUCUACGGCUGCAUGCUAUUGGACGGCUUCUACUUGCACAAGGUCAUCGUCAGAGCUUUCGCCAAGGAGGUCGAUAUGAUGUACGUGUAUAUCGCCUUAGUUGCACUGACAUUCUCGUCGAGUGUGUGCUGGGCUAUAGCAAUGGCAGCCCACGAAGCCGAAAAUUGCUGGAUGGUCGACAUCAACAGUCUUCAGUGGAUCCUCGACGGCUUCAGGAUCGCCGUGCUCGUCAUCAAUACGACGCUGCUCGUUGAUAUACUGAGGGUGAUGUUCAUGAAGUUGAAAAACGGAAGUACUACCAAGCAAACAAAGGCCGCUUUGAGAGCUACCUUGUUCCUGAUUCCAUUGUUCGGUCUCCAUAUCGUCGUAACAGCUAAGAAGUACGUCUUCGACGAUUCCUGUCUAGCAGAGGACUUAUACGACUACUUCAGGUACUCUAUGGAACCGAUGCAAGGCAUCAUGGUGGCCUUAUUAUUCUGCUAUUCCAACACAGAGGUACAAAAUGAAAUAAGUAAUUUCUAUAGGAAAGUGAGAAUCUGGCUGAAUCAAAAAUUUCGUUGGAAUUUAGGAGGCGAAGCUGUUCACUACAGGAGGAGAACUACUGCUAACACAAUUGUACAUUGAUCAGCACGAGUGUAAUGUUUAUUUCAAUUUAAUUCAUGAAAAUUGAGAAAACUGAUUUGUGAUGUGUAUUUUUUAGGUAGGUUGAGUAAUAAAUAUAUCGGUAAUGCUUUCUUUUGAUUCAAAUGAUU